AUGAUGCGGCGCACCGUUGCGGCGCUGGAGAAGCUCGUUAUAGUGGAGUCGCCGAACAAGGUGAUAAAGAUUGAGGGCCUUCUGAGCGACCCGAACGUCAUCCCCGACUGGUCGUUCAAGCAGGAACACCUCAAGCAUGUCGGCGUCGGCACCGAAAAGGCGGUGGCGAUGGCGACUACCGGGCACUUCAUGGGACUCAAGGAGAUCCGGUGGACCCCGCGCAGCGUUCCGGCCGUGGAGGAGGGCGACGAGCCUUUUCCACCGAAUGGGACCCUUGCCGACUUCACACUCGAGUGGCAGCUGCUUCCGGGGCGUCGCAUACAAGAAACGUUGGAGCGCUACUUGCAGGAGAAGGUAAACAACGUGACGGAGAUUAUACUUGCGACCGAUCCGGAUCGUGAGGGAGAACUCAUUGCCGUCCACGCCCUUCAGACAAUAAAACGGCUGUACCCAAAGCUCAAAGUCCCCUAUUCUCGUGCAUACAUGCACAGCAUCACAGAGGAUGGUAUUCGAAAGGCCAUGAAGGAGCGUCACAUGGAAAGGUGUGAUUAUGAUCUUGCAAAUGCCGCUGAGACACGCCACGCCAUGGAUCGAAUCUUUGGGUUUCUGGGGAGCUCUGUGGUGCGGGCUGCCAAUGCUCAAAUGCGCUCCAUUGGUCGUGUGCAGACUCCUGCGCUUAUUCUCAUAAACGAAAGGGAAGAAAAAAUUGCUUCGUUUUUGGAAAAAAACAAACCGACGUACAUUGUCGAAGCGAUGUGUCAGUUUCCAGGCGCGCACGCCACAACUUUCUCGCAGGUUGUCAGCAUCCACCCCGACCGCAAGGGGGAUUCAGCCAGCUGGAGCACCGAGGCGGAGGCGAAGCGGUGCUUGCAAGCAUGGAAGAUGAAUAGCUGCGGUGGCUUCAGCGUCCCUCAAGGGUCAGUCAUUAUCCCAUCCGAGGUGCCGCCACCGCAGCCAUUCACAAUGGCUACCGCGAUUGCAAAGGCAAACCGUCAGCUGAAGAUGAGCAGCGAGACGGUCAGCAGCUGUCUUCAGGACUUGUUCCAGCAAGGCCACAUUACUUACCCUAGAACUGAUAGCACCCGCAUUGACGACGGUGCCCUGUCUACUAUAUACGAUGCGAUCAAGAAGAAUUUUGGUAAGGAGUACCUCUACCGUCUUGAAGAUCGGGCAACAAAAGUUCAGGAGACCAAGAAGACCAAAAAGCCUGCAAAGAGAAAAUCCACCAAGCACAGCAGUGAUGUAGAGCGUCCUGUCGGAAAUGUGGAGGAUGCCCAUGAGGCUAUCCGUCCAACAAACAUUUACGCUGAUGGCAACUCUCUCUCACUACCCCCACACACAAAGGCUGUUUACGAGCUCGUGAGGAGAAAUACUCUGGCAGCCUUCAUGAUUCCCAUGAAGAGUGAGAAGAUUGCGGCGACUGUGAAGUUUACCAGCGGUAGCGGGGAGAAGCUGUGGACGCUGCUGGAAGGCAAACGUACCGCAGAGCCGGGGUGGACACGCGCAUUCCAGAAAGGUGACACCGCCUCCUCUUCUUUGGCUUCCGCCAACGCUGCCAGCACCAAUGUUGAGGACACUGAUGAUAUGACAGAGAAGGAGGGUACGCCUGNCCUCCUCUUCUUUGGCUUCCGCCAACGCUGCCAGCACCAAUGUUGA